CGCGCAGGUCAGGGGCCCCGCAACCCGACCCGGCGGCGCCACGCCGCGUGUCCGCGCCUCCUCGCCCCUCUGCGCAGGUCGGGCGGGGCCAGCCGCGGCGCCUCCCCCGGCGACGGGCGAUGCGGGGCGCCGGGCGCGGGGUCGCCCGGGCACUCUGCAGGCGGAUGGACCUCGUGUUUGGGAAUCGUUCUGGCUCGUCAUGCCCAGCGCACGUCUUCCAGAAGCACCUUCCGCUGCGACCUUGCUGGGCGCGAGGUGUUGGUGCACGCACUGGCACCGAGGAGGAGGAGGAGCCCUCUCCGAUGGAGAUGGCGGUCGAGGAGCAGAGGCUGGUGAUGUUCCCAGGC